AUCUGAAGACGAGGCGUUUCCAGUCGCUGUCUGGUCUGCUGUUCCUUCCUGGCCGUCUUCUGUUGCCGUUCCCCUUGUUUGGAGUACGGACGAAAAACGCAAAACGUACAGUUCCCCAGCUCAAUGAAUCAUGGAAACAGAGAAAAUUCCUGAAGCGAAGAUCAAAAGAUAACGAACGCGAGGAAUAUGACGACAAAUGGACAUUUUAAUAGUCGGGAGUCACGCAACGGAUGUUACCCUGUACCACAAACUGUGUUUCCAUCGAGGAGACUUGCGCUCUCGGGAUGUCCCAUAUAACUGCGCUAAACUCUGAUUAGGCAAAUGUAUGGGGCGCCUGCUUUGGAACAAAGGGGGAAACAAAGUUUGAUGUGAUUUGUUAAUUUGGUUUGUUACAACCGACACAGACUCUCAGUAGACAGAUUAAGCUGUCAUCAGCUGGUAACAUUUGAUGCUUCCUGCUGGAGGGGGGGUAAAAAAGCAAUGCAAAGGUUAAUGCAAGAUAUUUAAGAUAGUUUUUUUUCUAUUUCAUUGCCAUUCUAAAAGGAACAACUUGCUUUUGCUGCUGUUUUGAAAAAAAUGUGUGAUGCUGGACACUCUAAAGCACUAAUAUUCUUGCAUGACUGCAGUCUGAAGCCUAGACAGCUGUACAAGUAACAGAAUAAAUCAGAAUAUAUUGUCUUCGAAGAGGAGGAGAAAAGAAAAGAAAAGAAAAAACAUGGCAGUCGAAGCCCGAAUAACAAUUCUUCACAUUGGACUGAUUGCCAUGGUGGUUCUUCUGGGUCCUGUGGCUGCUGCACAGAGUGAGCAGAGGGAGUGUGCGUACACAGAAAAGCCACAUGGAGAGGGACGUGUCUUUCUUGAGAACUCCACCAUUCGCUGUAAUCAAGGAGGUCACUGCUUUGGACUCUGGGUGAAAAAGAACAAUGAAAUUCUGCUAGAGAAGCAAGGUUGCUGGACAAAUGUAGGUGAAUAUCAGGAGUGCUAUGACCGCUGCGUGGUGACCAGCCCACCGUCAAUGGCCAAGAAUGGAACGCUUCGAUUCUGCUGCUGCAAAAAAGACAUGUGCAACCUGAACUUCACUGAGGACUUCCCACCUCCUCCCCCCACCACCGUACAGCCUCUACAUUCCCGCCAUCUUUACAGAGAGGAAGCCAUAGUUGCAGCAUUAGCAACUGUGUUCAUGGUUGCUGUCCUUGUCAUUCUGCUUUUUUCCGGCUACCGCAUGCUAAGAGGACAUGGUAAACACUCUCUGCAUACCUUGGAUAUUCUGGAGACUGCGCUUUCCCCUCCUUCUCUGGAUUUAGACAACCUAGUGCUGCUGGAGCUGAUUGGCCGGGGCCGGUAUGGAACAGUAUAUCGCGGUUCACUGGAGGACCGAUCUGUGGCAGUGAAAGUUUUUGUUUCUGCUAACCGGCAGCAGUUUACUAAUGAGCGUAUGAUUUAUCACCUCCUCCUGGAUCAUGAGAACGUAGCACACUUCUUAGAGAGCGAGGAACGUGUCGGUACAGAAGGUCGGACAGAGUUUCUCCUCUUGCUGGAGUUUUACCCACAUGGCUCUCUGUGCACGUAUCUGUGCAGGCAGACUGUGGACUGGCUGAGCUGCUGUCGUUUGGCUCUGUCUGUCACCAGAGGGUUGGCGUACCUGCACACAGAGAUACAGAGAGGGGAUGUGUAUAAACCGGCCGUGUCCCACCGGGAUCUGAACAGUAGGAAUGUGCUGGUGAAGACAGAUGGCUCAUGUGUGAUCAGUGAUUUUGGACUUUCCAUGAUUCUGACGGGAAAGAGACCGCCUGGGCAUGGAGAAGAGGACAACAGUGCCAUCAGUGAGGUGGGUACAGUGCGAUACAUGGCUCCAGAAGUGUUAGAAGGGGCAGUCAAUCUAAGAGAUUGUGAGUCAGCGCUGAAACAAGUGGAUGUUUAUGCACUGGGUCUGCUUUACUGGGAGACCUUCAUGCGGUGUGCGGACCUCUUCCCAGGUGAGACAGUUCCAGCUUUUCAGAUGGCGUUUCAGGCAGAGGUGGGUAAUCACCCUACCAUAGAAGACAUGCAGGCACUUGUGUCCCGAGAAAAAGAAAGACCCAAAUUCCCAGAGGCCUGGAAGGAAAAUAGCCUGACGGUGCACUCUCUGAAAGAGACUAUGGAAGACUGCUGGGAUCAGGAUGCUGAAGCCCGACUGACGGCUCAGUGUGCAGAGGAGAGACUUGCUGAACUGCUUCUUAUCUGGGACAGGGAAAAAUCAGUCAGUCCUGCUCUUAACCCCAGUACUGCACUGUUUAACCACAGGAACUUCUCUACUGGAAGGCAGAUGCCUAAGGUGGGUUCUUUCCUUGAGCACUCAUCUACAAACACUGAAGACCAGGAGGGCACUGAUAAACCCCUCCACAAUGACACCUCAAUGGACCCACCCUCGGUGGGAGGGUCUAACCCUGCAGAGAAGAACAGGAACUGCAUCAACUAUGAGUGGCAGCAGGCCCAAUCACGAACGUCUGGGACAGAAACCUCCUUCCCUACUCCUGUCUCUGAGUCCUGCAAUGCCACACAGCUUCCACCAGUGGGCAACAGUGUCCCUCCCUGUGCUCAGCUGACCCAGGAAGACCUGGAGAUACCAAAACUGGACCCAAGUGAAGUCCAGAGGAACUUGAGAGAGAGCUCUGAAGAGAGCCUGAUGGAGCUUUCGCAGAAGCAGUUCUGCUCUCCGGAAACAUCGACCUCACAUGGCGUAUUUUACCCCCUCAUGAAGAUGGUUUCUGAGGUUUCAGGGUCACAGGGUUCUGGUCGGCUUACUGACACCCCUAUAACCAUCCUACCUAAGCAGCAGAAUGUUCCUAAGAGGCCGAGUAGCCUAAGUCUCCAUGCUAAGCCUUCUGGGAAAAUACCCGCCUUGUCAUCUUCAUCACUGCGGAUGAAGUUUGGGAAACUCGGAAAGUCGAAUUUGAAGAAAGUCGAGAUGGGUGUGGCUAAAGCCAGUGCGGUCAGAGCGGCACAUGAGGCCAGGCCGAUUACUGUUGCCAACAACGAUGCUGCGGCAGCAGUGAGUAAAUAUGCGAACGGAGCAGCACCUGAGUCAGCAGGAAGUGCAGCCAAUGCCGCUGAUGUCCGUUGGAAGGGCGCCAUGAGUUCAGAGGACUUGACCUUUGGCCUCUUGAACACUAGCCCUGACGAGCAAGAACCUCUUCUGAGAAGAGAGGCGCAUCCUGACAAUGCGAACAACAACAACAGCAAUAACAACAAUGGCGAGGGAGAGGGUGAGGGAGACACUGAGGGUGGAGGAGAGGGAGGAGAGAACAGUGAGAAUGUUGGUCCAACUGGAGAUGCUCCAUCAGCUUCUACCGUGGAGCCUGUUGCGCUGCCCGGCCCGUGUCCUGCCCCAACCGUGGUUCCUCCACAGGCACAACCCCAAGCUCAGACACAAGGAGAGGCCCUGCUCAGACAGAACCGUGUGCGCAGACCUGAGAGACCCAACUCACUAGAUCUGUCCAUGACCACACUGCCAUUACUAGAAGGCAAGUCUGCCGUUGACGUGACAGAGGGAUCAGGAGAUAAAAUCAAGAAGCGAGUGAAGACACCUUAUGCUCUGAAGAAGUGGCGUCCUGCCAGCUGGGUUAUCACCACAGAUACACUGGCUGCUGAAGUCAACAACAACAGACUUCAUGGAGGGCCCGGUCAGAACCAGAAUCAGGCCGGUACCAGCAGACCUAAAUCAGCCUCUGCCGUGCAUCUAGGUAGUCGGGGAGGAUCUCGCUUCUCAGAUCCCAAUGACUGUGACUUUUGAACAUAAACCUCACUUUGCUCUUGAAAAAAAUUUCAAAUCAAACAGUCUAAAGUUUGUGGAGACAAGUGUGGACUGGACCAUAUAAAUGUCUUAAAUUUAACCCCAGUUGUAA